UACUGAUAACGAAUUUAAUAAUAUGACUAAAUUACUAAAGUAAUUGUAUAGGUAAAUCUUCUAAUUUAAAAAUGUAAUUAUUUUGUUGCCCUUUGGAUAAUUACAUCAUUUACCUAAUAAACAGAUAUUAUGAGUAAAUCUUUAGAUAUAUGUAAAGCAUCUUUAACGAGUUUAAAAGCAGAACUUCUACGCAAGCAAGAUGAAGCAAACAAAGCAAGAAGUUUUUCUGGUGAUACAUUUAUACGUCCACUACCUGGUGCCAAGACACCAUCAUGUCUCUUUCAAUCCAAUGAAGGUGUUGAAAAAAGAAAUGCUAAAGAUUUAGAAGAAGAAUAUAAGCCAGAUGUGGAAAAUAGUUUAAAAAAAUCAAGAGAUGUUUUAACUAUGAAAGCAAUGCUAUACGACAAAUUGGUGAAAGGUGAAAUGGUGAGUGAACAAGAUAAAACAUUUUUAGUUGACUUUAAACAAAAAGUGAAUGAAAAUAAAACUACUUAUCCUAUAAUAUCAACUAAUGAAGAAGUUAAAGAACCAGACAAAUCUGAUUCUGAUGCAGAUUCAUAUAAAUAUGAUUCAGGAGCUGAUGAUGAUUGGAUAGAUUAUACAGAUUUUUUUGGGCGUACACGGAGAUGUUUAAAAACAGAUUUGGAAUUUUUCAAAAAAAGAGAUCAAAGAAUUGAAAAAGAAUUAGAACCACCAUUACCAUAUGAAUCAAAACAAAAAAUUCAGGCUACUACACAACAAUUUGUACAAGAAAGCAAAAAUUCUGAAGAAACAUCUGAACUUGUUUCAUCAGAUAUGCGUAGAGAACAAUUACGUCUCAAAUGGGAAGAAGAAGAACGGAAAUUAGCUGAACGAACUGAUAUUCAUUAUGAAGAUAUACGUUUUGAUGAGGUUCGGGAGCAUGGUGUUGGUUAUUAUUCAUUUUCUACGGACGAAAAAGAACGACAUCGUCAACAAACUGAACUUAAAAAGCUCAGAGAACAGACUAAAUCCACACAAAUGACAGUACAAAAGCUAAAAGAAAGGCGUGCAGCACAGAUGGCAGCUCGACUUAAGGCUGUCAAACGACGUAAAAAAGAAAAACUUGGGCUUCCAAUAGAUUCUAGUUCAGAUGAAGAAGUGCCACCACCAAAAGCUCCAUCCCCGGAAGUUGUAGAAGAUAUGGAUGCUGAACGAGCAUUUGAAAAGUUAAGGAAAGCUGCUCAUGUUAGACCUUGGGACUAUGGAAAAGAUGGACUGCAAAAACCUUUGUUAACUCAAGAUGAAUGGAAUGAAAAGCAACGAAGCGAAAGAAAGUCUGAGUUUUCUUGGAAUUAUAAUGGUAAUGGUAAAUCAAAGAACAAUAGUACAGACUCAGAUAUUCAAAAUAUUGAAGAGGAAGAAAACGAUGAUGAUAUGGUAGGACCAUCAUUAGAUAUGUUCUUAACACCUAAUAAUCCAAACAAACAAAGCACUAUAAUACCAAAAAAACAGCCUAUUCAUAAUGAGCUAGACGAUGAACCUUUAAUUACUAAAAAGAAACCACUAAUAGAUGACAGUGAUUUAGAUAGUAUUCCUUUACCAUCUGAACCAAAAAAAGGAGCUGAAAUAGCACCACCGCCAACAUAUGAAUAUUAUGGACCUAAUAGCCGAAGACAAAAAGUACAAGAUAACAUUAUUAGCAUAAAUGAAAUGCAAGAUUCUAUUAAUAUAGGAUUUCAAAAUGCAAAUAUUAGAAAUAAACUUCAAUAAAUCAGAAAAAUUGUGAAUGAUUAAAUAAUUUUUAAUAUGUUGUUGAAAAUAUACUGUACAAAUUGUAGUUUGUAUUUAAUAUAUUUUUACCUUGGAUUUA